CAGCGUCUCGUAAUCGAAUCCGCGAAAUAGAUUAGUGCUAGCUAGGAAGACAACGACGGGAUCGCGGCGUAGAAAGACCUCCGAACUCCAUCUCUCUUCUCCUUACGUUUCGCUCCCAUCGAGACCAUUGAGAAAGGAUUUAGUUCAAAUUCUGCUUAAAACCCGCUCAAAUCCUGCUACCAAACUGCUCCUAAAGGUGCAAAAAACGGGACUUAACAUUCUUUAAGAUUUAAAGGAAAGAUUUGUUGCUGGAGAGAUGGAGAAAUCAGUGAUGGGAUAGUCGGAGAAAUUAGCCAUGGUAUGUCCGGAGAUUUCAAUGCCGAUUGGAGUAUUGGAGAAACUUUAUACCAAAAACGCAUUUCAUUUCUCUCCCCGUACCUGCCCUCACCAAUGAGAUUUUUGACAUCUAUAUCGUGGACUUGAGGAUCAUGAGUCUACAGAGGAAGCUUCAAGUCUGGAAGAUGGGAAUUGUCAACUACUUGGAUGCCCUCCAACUACAACAAAAACUUUGUUCUGAUAGGAAAACUGGUAAAAUUCCAGAUACAAUUCUAUCUCUUCAGCAUCCCCCUACUUACACUCUCGGAAAGAGACGAACAUCUCAUAACCUACUCGUCCCCGAAGCCGACCUUAAAAACAUCGGUGCCGAGCUUCAUUACACUGAGAGGGGCGGCGACAUAACAUUUCAUGGCCCAAGACAAGCUGUUGUAUAUCCCAUUAUUUCACUCCGAGAUAUUGGAUUAGGUGCACGUAAGUAUGUUGAAACCCUCGAGUUAGCUAUGAUCGAGUUGGCUUCUUUGUAUGGCGUGAUCGCUCGACCAGGCGGUAAAUGUGAGACGGGAGUAUGGGUAGGAGACGAGAAAAUUGGUGCUAUUGGUGUGAAGAUAUCGUUGGGGAUUACUUGUCAUGGAUUAGCAUUUAAUAUUGAUCCGGAUUUGAACUAUUUUAACCAUAUUGUGCCUUGUGGGAUUUUGGAUAAAGGGGUUACUUCUUUGAGAAGGGAGACAAGAUUGGAUCUUCCAGCUGAUGAAGUCAUUCAGAAGGAGCUGAUUCAGUGCUUGGCUCGACUGCUUCGAUAUGAUGCGAUUGAGUGGAGAGAAGAUGAGUCAUAUUUGUUUGAAGUUUAUGGAAUCAAGUGACAAUCAGAGUUGAGUUGAUGAGAUUUUGGGUUAAUUGAUUAUGGUCUGAUCUGCAAUAUUAACAUGUUUGCAAGUUAGAAUGAAAUUUUGUUAUGGAUGCUUGAUUAUGAAGGUUGUUUCAUGCUAAUGAGAUGUAGUGGAAACUAGAUUUAUUAUCUUUUAGUGCACUGAUAAUGUCAAA